UAUGUACGAUCUGAAUGUAAAAGUAAAACUAAAAACUUCAACAAAAGUAAGUAAGUACUGUAAUUUUGUGAAUGGGAAUGUUGGAAAAGUACCGGGACUACGGCUGAAUUUUUAUCUGCGGCCUAAGCCUUGCUAGACUACCAGUACUGAGUACUGUACGCUGCUAGCACGAUUGUCGUAUCUAUACUCGUAUUUUUAUUUAAUCUAUUUACGUUAGCAAGAUAGCAACCUAACCGUUCCUGACGUUUUUCAUUUUGCUAGUACGUCAUCAUAAAUUAUAAUGUUUGUGGUUUACUGAUUAUGAGUCAAUGGUCAUUUGGUUAACGAAGAUGAAGAACGGGCUGCUUUAUAUUGGGGAAUCAUUUUUACACAAUCCAAGAUCUUUCCUUGGUGUGCUGCAGUCCUGCGCUCAGCAUGUGUCUGACGUCCUUUACGUAUUCCUCCAUCCUGAUGCUGGACACCAGCAGUCCUCAAAGCUCACCAGCACGUUAUUCGACAAUAUUUCGCGUUUGUACAUUCAGUCGUUUGUCGCCAAACCCGACUGGGAUGUGCGCAUUCUUCUCCUGCAUUUGAAGAGAUCCGGCACACUGGAAACACUGUAUCCCAAUCUGUCGCACACGCUACAAGUGGAUACGGUACUGACAGACGGCACAGCUCCUCUUCCUCGCAUUUUGCAUGGUCUAGGUUCCGUUUCCCUGUCAAAUAAUAUUCAUUAUUUAUCUAGUCCCCGUGAUGAGGAGUCAGUUGGUAGGAGUGAGAGCGGUUCGGAGGCCUGGCAGACGUAUGAUGAAGUAGUGAUCGGAGGCACUUUCGAUCACAUUCACGCUGGCCACAAGGUUCUUCUGACUAAUGCCAUUUUGCGAUGUCAGAAGAGGCUGACGAUUGGAUUGACGGUACAGGAGAUGCUGCAGAAGAAACGAUUAGCGGAUCUCAUCCAACCGAUCGAACAGCGGAAGGAGAUCUUGCACAAGUUCUGCUCGGAUAUUGAUCCGAGUUUGGAGUACAAUAUUCAGCCUAUCCAUGAUCCGUUCGGGCCGUCCACGGUGGAUCCUACAUUGCAAGCCGUUGUGGCCAGCGAGGAAACCAAGGAUGGAGCUUUGGCUAUAAAUGUGGAACGUGCGAAGAAGGGUCUUAGUCAGUUGGCCGUGCACAUAUUUCCCCUUCACGACGUGGCUGUGACCGGUAAACAAGAGGGUGUGCGUUCUAUGAGCUCCAGUUGGUCUCGUCAGCAGAUGCUGGGGAAGGUUUUGAAACCUCCUUCGCCACAUCCGGAAUUACCGCGGCGUCCCUAUUUGAUCGGGUUAACGGGUGGUAGUGGCAGCGGUAAAUCUAGUAUCGGCAAAUACCUGGCUCAGAAACCCGGCGUUCUGUAUGUGGACUGCGACAAAUUGGCACACGAGGCGUACAAGAAGGGAAGGCCGCUACACGCGCGCCUAGUAGCGGAAUACGGCACAGAUAUUGUUGAUCCGACCAGUGGGGAAAUUGUCCGCCGUAAACUGGGCAGUAUUGUCUUCAGCGACGAGGCCGCCCGACAUAAAUUGAACAGUCUAGUGUGGCCAGCGGUGAUGGAUUACUGUGUGGAAACCGUCCGUCGAGCCAGUCCGGAUGUCGCGGUGUUUGAUGCAGCAUUGUUGAUUGAAGCUGGUUGGGGAAAGAGUCUACACGAGAUUUGGGUCACUUUCGUACCUGAAGAAGAGGCUAUGCGGCGAAUAAUGGAGCGCGAUGGCAUUGACGAAACUGCAGCGAAAAACCGCCUGAAAACCCAGAUGUCAAACCGGGACCGAAUAGAGCAAGCCAACGUAGUGUUUUGCUCACUGUGGGAGUAUUCUGUGACGCGACAGCAGGUUGAUGAUGCAUGGAAUGGUUUACUGAAAAGGAUUUAAAUAUGCAGAGUACUUCGAUAAAGGAGGAAACCUGUGGUGUGCGUUACGUUAGCGCUUGACUCUUGGUGACCGUAAUUUGAUCAUUGCAUUUUUCUUUGCCAUACUGCCGCAAUAUGCCUUUUCGGAGGGAUUAUACAGUGCUUUAAAUAUGUUUGAAUGGCGAUAAAAACGAUCAGCUCGAGCGUAUCACGGUAGUUAAACGCUGUGCGCUGCACUUUUUCUAUGGGUGGGAAAUAAUACGGUGGAGAAAGCGGCAGCUAUCCGGUGUCUCUAAUGUUGUACAAUAUCACUUGACAAAAAGCCAUAAUGAUAAAGUAAACGUUAUGAUUAUGGGUGCUUAUGGAGUGCGGUUAUUUUUACAAUA